AUUGGCUGGUGUUUAUGACUUCUUGCAAAUGCUGGUGGAGGAACAUGAGGUAGUAAAACAAAAGUGAAACUGUACAGACAUUCUCCGAAUCCGAAUGCAAGAUAUCGUGGUGGCUCUCGUGGAUUAGUCAAUCAUAAACCAAUCUUUGUUAAACUUUAGAACAUUUUCAAUAGGCUACAGAGUACAUUAUUUUGUUAUUAGGGCAAGGGCAAGGUAGAGUUAGUGGGCAUCCAAUGAUAAUAGGAAGAGAGCUGGCCCGAGCAGUAAGUAGUCAAAUUGUUUACUAAAUUGAGACAACAACUUUUUAGAAUGCGUCGCAGGAUUGAACGGCUGUGUCCAUUUUUCCUGGUUCCAGUUCUCUCCUACUUACCCUGGAGAUCGAUCGUGGAAAAUUAUUUUGCAAGGUUUUUGGAACGCACAGGGAGAUGUAUCUUGCCAAAUGAUCCUGACAGUCCAGAAUCCCUUUCCGGUGAAGGAGUGGGGAGUCCAGAAUCCCUUUCCGGUGAAGGAGUGGGGAGUCCAGAAUCCCUUUCCGGUGAAGGAGUGGGGAGUCCAGAAUCCCUUUCCGGUGAAGGAGUGGGGAGUCCAGAAUCCCUUUCCGGUGAAGGAGUGGGGAGUCCAGAAUCCCUUUCCGGUGAUGGAGUGGGGAGUCCAGAAUCCCUUUCCGGUGAAGGAGUGGGGAGUCCAGAAUCCCUUUCCGGUGAAGGAGUGGGGAGUCCAGAAUCCCUUUCCGGUGAAGGAGUGGGGAGUCCAGAAUCCCUUUCCGGUGAAGGAGUGGGGAGUCCAGAAUCCCUUCUAAGUGAAGGAGUGGGGAGUCCAGAAUCCCUUCCUACUCAAGAAGUGGAGAGUCUAGAAUCCCUUCCCAGUGAAGGAGUGGGGAGUCCAGAAUCCCUUCCCAGUGGAGGAGUGGAGAGUCCAGAAUCCCUUUUUAGUGAAAGAAUGGAGAGUCCAGAAUCCCUUCCCAGUGAAGGAGUGGGGAGUCCAGUAUCCCUUUUUAGUGAAGAAGUGGAGAGUCCAGAAACCCUUCUCAGUGGAGCAGUGGAGAGGCCAGAAACCCUUCUCAGUGGAGAAGUCAAGCUUCGGGUUGUCAGGUCAGCUAGGUCAUAUGAUGUUGAAGACACGGAUGAGUACUUCUGCGAGUACGACUCGACAUGGGAGAAUCCUCCAAACAAAGAAACCAGUCGUCAAAAGUCCCAACAUGAGAGGGUACACCAGUACACCGGUUGGUCGCAACAAGAGCAUAGAUCAAACGUGUACUUCGGCUGGCAACAACAAGAAGAUAUGCCUAAUUUACAGUUCUACCGUGAACAAAUACCCUCCUCCCCUGAUGGUGUCUUCAUUGAGGACUUUCACAAGAAAUGGAACAGGCAAUAUUUAAAACUGGAAAGAGUUCACUCAUACAUCCAAUGGUUGUUCCCUCUUCAAGAACCAGGAAUGAAUAAUCAAGCCAAGGAACUCACCAAAAAGGAAAUUGAGGCUUUCCUUCAAGAUGAAACUGCGAAGAAGAGGCUGGUCAAGUCGUACAAGCUCAUGCUGGACUUCUACGGCAUCCAGCUGUCAAAUGACUCAACAGGGGAAGUACGACGUGCUAAUAACUGGCGUGACAGAUUUGACAACCUGGACAGAAAUACACACAACAACCUGCGCAUCACCCGCAUCCGGAAGUGCCUGGGCACUCUGGGGUUCCCCCACUACCAGGCCCCACUCGUCCACUUCUUCCUGGAGGAAACUCUUGUCAAAGGGAACCUGUACAAUGUGAAGGAGAGCGUGCUCAACUACUUCAUCUUUGCUGUCAUUGAUAAGCAACAACGCAGGGAAUUAAGUUAAGUAUGCCUACAAGCACUAUGAGCCCAAACAUGAGUUUGUGUGGUGCCCUAAGAAGAUCCAGAUGAUUUUCUCAAAUGGAGAAGAAUUCUCAGAUAGUAGGCAAACAAUGGCAGGCCAUUACCAGCAUGGUAACUACUUAGAUGAC